CACAAGCGUUUUGUAUAUCUCUUCGGUGGAGUGAACUGUAUCGCGGAAAAUGGAUUCUCGCAUACUUCAUAUAUAGUAUCAUCACGGUUUCCGCCGUUGGCAGAGAGAUCCAUCUCAUUGCAUGCUCAAUGUUUCUGAGCUGCUUUAUGGGAUGAUGCAUGGUGAGAUAUAAGCAGAGAGUGAAUACUCUGGAUUUCGUAAUCUGUCCAAAGAUAUUAUUAACUCACAGUAGCUUGGAUCUGAGCUUUUUAGUUUGUUUGUUUCCUGCGUCUUUUUGUACAACUUUACUACAAUUUUGAGAUUAUUUACUUAGAAGUUAGAACAGAUGCUCUGUAGAAUGUGUUGCGAUAGCUUAACUAAUAUAUAGCCUGUGAUGUUUUAUUAUUCAAUUUCUAGGUGAAGUUUUCGAUUAGUUUGUGUUGUGACAUACCAUAUAUAUAUAUAUAUAUAUAUCCAGGUAGAUAGAUUAUCUCAAGUAACCAAAAAAAAAACAAAAAAAAAACCCUCAAAGUCUCUCCGCCGCUCCAAACAGAUCUAAAACCUAAAUUUUCCUUUCUCUCUCCGAUCGAAACCAUGUCUGAUGUCCCCGUCAAGCUCUCCAGUGAAACAGUAGUCAUCUGGGACUUGGAGGAAUGCCCGAUCCCAGAAGGUCUAGAUGCUUCCGAUAUUUGUAGAAACGUGAAUGAGUCGCUUCAUCAGGGUGAGGGUUAUGUUCUAUUCAGGGCUCACUUCGACUUUUUUAAGUUCAUUGGUGAAAUUGGAGGUAGAUAUGUAGAAAUUAUACACGUACCUUCAGAAGCUAGAGGAGAGACGUAAAAAGAUUUUAGUGGAAUUGUUAGGAUUUGUAGUCAGAUGCUAUUACACACCAGUAAACAUGAUGCUCAUCGUUGGAGACAUCUCAGAACAAGGGCUCUCAUCUUUUUGAAAAAUCAGAAUUUCCACAAUGUUUUCUUGGCACUGCCUCAUGUUCCAUCAUCCGAGGAGGUCCUUGAUACAGUAAGUGGGUUUUGGCUUUGGAAAAAGCUAUCGCUGGGAGAAACUCCUCGUUUUUUCUCUCCCAUUCCAAAUGUGGGCGUUGCGAGGCAUAUCGACUUGUCCUGUAAGAACGCAGACAGUAAGAAGACAUGUGUUUUCUGGGACGUCGUGGAUUGCCCGGUGCCUGAAGGUUACGGUGGUGUUAGGGAUGUUUCGCAGAACAUUAGACAGUCCCUUAAGAAAUCCGGUUACAAGGGUGAGGUAUCCAUCAAUGCUUAUGUGAAUCAGACCAAUGAUGAUUUUAACGAGUAUGCUUCUACCGACCCGGGAUUCAAGAUCAUACUUGCUCCACAAGGAGAUAGAGAUGCUAGACUUGAGAUGCUUCUAGUGGACCUUAUGAUCUGGGCAAUUGAAAAUCGUCCACCUGCAAAUUAUAUGCUUAUCCUUGGGGACAUCUUCGUGGGAGAUGAUGAUUACAGGGAGUUUGUCAAGGCAUUUGUCACCUUGAAAGGUUACACGUGUCUCUUGGCACAGCCUCAAAAGUCUGUAGUGAUGGAUUCUGCGGUAACGAAAUGGCUUUGGAAAAGCCUAUCAACUGGAGGAGACCAUCUUGAUGAUGCUGCCCUAAGUGAAAGUUCACAAGGUACUGACAAUAAUAAUUGUAUGGUUAGCUCAGGAGGAGACCAUCUUGAUGCUACCGCCCAAAGCGAAAGUUCACAAGAUAUUGACAAUAAUACUUGUACGGUUACCGUUGGAGGAGACCAUCUUGAUGCUACCGCCCAAAGCGAAAGUUCACAAGAUAUUGACAAUAAUAAUUGUACGGUUACCGCUGGAGGAGACCAUCUUGAUGAUGCUGCCCUAAGCGAAAGUUCACAAGGUAUUGACAAUAAUAAUUGUACGGUUACCGUUGGGGGAGACCAUCUUGAUGCUGCUGCCCAAAGCGAAAGUUCACAAGGUAUUGACAAUAAUAAUUGUACGGUUAGCGCUGGAGGAGACAUCUUGAUGUUGCUGCCCAAAGUGAAAUUUCACAAGGUAUUGACAAUAAACUUGUACGGUUAGCGCUGGGGGAGACCAUCUUGAUGCUGCCCAAAGCCAAAGUUCACAAGGCUUCUACCCAAUAUCUCCUUCGGUUGAUAAAAGCACUGUGAAAGCCGCAACACGCUCUUCUUGCCGUCGGAUAGAAACACGCUCUUCUUGCCGUCCGAUAGAAACCAUGUCUGAAUUCUCUGACACUAAGAAGACAUGUGUUUUCUGGGACGUCGUGGAUUGCCCGAUGCCUGAAGGUCACGGUGUUAGGGAUGUUUCGCAAAACAUUAGACAGUCACUUAAGAAAUCGGGUUACAACGGUGAGGUAUCCAUCAGGGCUUAUAUGAAUCAGACCAUGGAUGAUUUUAACGAGUAUGUUUCUACCGACCCCAGAUUCGAGCUCAUACAUGCAGAAGGGGAUAGAGUUGCUAGACUUGAGAUGCUUCUAGUGGACCUUCUAAUCUGGUCAAUUAAUAUUCGUUCACCUGCAAAUUAUAUGCUUAUCCUUGGGGACAUCUUCGUGGGAGAUGAUGAUGAUUACAAGGAGUUUGUCAAGGCAUUCGUCCGGUUGGAAUUUAGACAUUUCACAUGUCUCUUGGUACAGCCUCAAAAGUCAUUAGUCAUGAGAGAUUAUGUGGUAACAAAAUGGUGGCUUUGGAAAUACUUAUCAACUGGAGUUGACCAUCUUGUUGCUGCCCAAAGCGAAAGUUCACAAGGUGUUGACAAUACUUGUAGUGUAGCCUUGAAGUUUCUCUUUCAUUUUAUUGCAUAAAACUCGGCAUAAAACUCGGUUUUGAAACGCUGCUAUCCAAAAUGGAAAAAAGAUUGCAAGUGAAAGCAGAAUAAUAUAUUUCCUUUUUUUUUGGAUGCGGUAGCUCUUGUACUGCUGUGGGAUCUUGUUUUUCUCUUUUUAAAAUGAAAGAAACUAAAUGUGAAUUAAAAAAAAACAUUUUGUUCAUUACUCGAAUGUAUAUCUCAUUCUCUCCUCUUUGUAGUGAGAGUAUAGACAUAUUGUUGGAGAUUGUAUAAGUUUUGGUUUAGACUGGCA